AGAAGACCCUCAUGGAAUGGCUGGACGACUUUCGAUUAAGUGAAACUCAGAGAGAGGAUGAGGAGGAUCUUGAGGGCCUCAUGGAUUGGUGGAACACUGUGGAACAAUGGGAGGACAUGCCCAAAAAUGACAACAUGACUGAAAAAGAGGAAGCCAAGGCUUUUGCUGUAACCGCUGACAAGGUGCAAAAGGGCAUACGCGUGUUUAACAAACUUUUCUCAGAGCGAGCAGAAGGACUGUGGCAGCACGUGAUCGACCUGCACGCUAUUGCAGAUGGCCUGGACCGCUUCAAUAAGAAGACCAAAAUAGCCCAGAUCACCGGUGGCUCCACCAGCGCUGUGGGAGGUGUAGCUACCAUAACUGGCCUCAUCUUGGCUCCUUUUACCAUGGGAACCUCUCUGAUUGUCACUGCGGUGGGUCUGGGUGUUGCCAUGGCAGGUGGGCUUACCUCUGCAUCUGCUGGCAUAACCAGUACCGUCAACAACUCAUUGGAUCGCAAGAAGGUGGAACGCAUUGUGGGAGACUACCAGGCAAAGAUGGGUGACCUUAACAAAUGCAUGAAGUUCAUCAAGCAAGGCAUAACAAACCUGCGCAAGUUCAACCUGAAUAAGAUGAAGAAGCAUGCUUAUAAUCGAGACUUCCCAUGUUUUGACAAUGUCUAUGAGGACGGUGCCAUGGCAGGCAAAGCUAUUCUGACUAAUGCUAAUGAGAUUAUGCGUGUGAUGCAGAUAGCCAAUGUGGCAGGAACCACUGCGGCACGUGCUGUGCAGAUCGCUAGCAUAUCCACAGGUGUUCUGACGGGGCUUUUUGUUGGGAUGGACAUCUACUUUGUGGCCAAGGACUCCCAUGAGCUGAAAAAUGGUGCCAAGUCAGAAUUUGCUGCUAAAAUCAGAGAAGUGGCAGAACAGUUACAUGAGGGCUUGAUGGAGCUCAAUAUCAUUCGAGAUGAGCUGCGCAUGACCACCACUGUGAAAGAAGACCAAACAUCUUGACAAAUUUCUGUAUAAGUUCCUCUGGGUUUAUUACCACUGGGUUUUUUUACCCUGCCUUUUUCUACUCUCACAAGAUGGUGUAUAAAUGAUAUGGUUAUAUAACUAUAGUGGCUUCUCUUAUUAUAAAGCACAGUAAAUCUGUGGUCUUACCUUGUUUUUAAGGACUAUAUCCACUUCAUUUUAUUUUAAAGUGUAACUGCUGCUUUUAAAAGGAUUAAAGUCUAAGAUCUACAUUAAUCACCAGUAGGCUAAACACGCUAAUCACUGCCUUAUCUGUUUUCAAGCACUUUUCUGCCACUGAGAAUCUGAAUUGUACACAGCAGAUACUGUUGGAGACAUUUGUUUUGUUGUUGCUUCAGAAGUGUCAUACGGAUUUCAGAAUAAUUAUUAGCAAACCUUAAAUUAUUUUUAUUUGAUUUGUGAAGUUAGUAGGCUCCUAUAGCCCUCUAAGCACAUGUAAUAAUGCACUCCUGACAACAUGGUGUGGAUUUUGUAACUGCUGCUAAAACAUUUGUUUUUUAAACAUUUAUUAUGUUAUUGUACAUCUGCUAUUGCCAAAUGUGUCAUCGAUGCUCUUAUUUAUUUAUCUAUCCAUGUGCCUCUUUAUCUGUCUGUCUAUGUAUAUCUGUCUGUCUGUAAUGUAUUAUACCCAUAAUGUCACUGCAAGUUUGUGACAGUCUUUAGUACCUUUAAAAUGAAGGUAUUUUCACUUUUUAUUUUGUAUGUAAAAUAAAAAAUAAGAUAUUCUU